AGAUUGAAUGCACUUUUCCAGAAAUAUAUUGAAGGUGAAAGGAAUUCGAGGCCCAGAACCAAUAGACCACUCACCUUUCGAAACAGUUGGAUGAAAGUGGGUGGAUAAAACAAAAGGGCCACAAAAGGCAGACUGAGUGGCUUCUGUCAAGAGUAAAGCCACAAAGAGACUCGGGGUCAAGUAGGGUCAAUUUACGUUCGUCACGGUCAACCAUUUUUAGAGAGAGUCAUGUGAGAGUACGUGGAAAACCCCUGAUAUUGUCUUUUCGGGCCAUCCUUCGUUCACCGCAUGCCGAGGUGAUGGCAAUUUGUGGACGCUCAUUCGUGCAGAGAAGAAAGAGGGAGGAAGAGUCAAUAAGCGAGGACUGGGAGGAGAAUGGGACACCGAACUGUCACCGAGGAGACAAGACGAAACGAAACGAAACGGGAAGAACAAUCGACGACUCACGGGAAUGAAAUGGGGCGCAUUUGUAUUUAAGAGCGGCCAGUCAAAAUGCUGAAUUGGACUCGAGGGUCGAGAGGCACGACCACCUCUCGAUUCACCCCUCCCCUUCCAAUUUCAAGGCUCAGCUUCUUUGGGUCCGAGAAACGUCGUCUACUUGUCUGCGCGUCGCUGCGAAGCCCUGCUCCGCUCGAGAGAGCGCCGUUGGACGUUGCGAUGCGUCGUAAGGAUGUGCGCAAUGUUUCCCAAAAGGACAGACAGUCGUAUUGGACGAGCACUCUGAUUUCGCAGUCAUACGGGACGGGGCACGGGUACACCGCACAAAGUACCUCUGUCCUCAUGAUGUUGCUGCCUUUUCCUGCAAACCCUAAAGUUGUGAGCCCAAGAGAAAGUGGAGCAUAAAAGUUGAAUAUUCCACCGAUCUCCAUGACGAGUGGUCGAGCUUGCAUGGCCAGUCGACAAACUGUCAUUUGUCCAGGGAAUGUACCAAAUGCUCUAUAAUCAUAAUCUACUUUUCCGCAUACGUAUUCUGUUCCCCAGAUGCUCCUCGGUUCCCUUCUCAUUUCCCAUUUCCCUUCUAGACUCACCAGACUGCUGAUGACACAGGGGCUCGCCCCAUAUUACUCUUCAUGGGGUCUUCCCAUCUUUUUGGUUUUUUAACUUAUCAACUUCGUCCUUUCUACUGCAAUAAUAGAGCUUUAGUAAACUCUAAGGGGGAGAUAUGAAGACAUUGAUGGAUUUUGGUUCAUAACACCCUAAGAAAAAUGUUCAAUAGAUCAUGGCUAGACUCUUAGGCGAUCCAGAGGGCAAUGUAUAACGUAUGGUUGUGAUUCCGAUGCAAACCCAAAUACUGGAGAAGGGACGAUUAGCAAGUUAC